AUGAUCACCUGGGACAAACGUCGUGAAUACGCAAGAAUCGGUGCCGGCAUUGCGUUUAGCAAGAAGAGGAAACCCAAUUCAACCCCCAUCCUAUCCACCUCCACCUCCGACAUCACCUGCCCCGAUUCGAACAAUUCUACCUUCCAAUCGCCUACCAACUCUGACAUCUACUUCCGCCUCUCAUGCGGCCUAGACCACCCUACUUCGCUCGGCUCCAUUGAUCUGUCUUCAUCCUCGACCGCUUCGAUGGGCGCAUGCAUUGACCUCUGCGCCGAAAAGGACGAGUGCUUGGGCGCGAGCUGGGAAGCCCGGCGAUUCGGACGCGGAUGGCGACGAGGGCGGCAAAUGCAUCUUGAAGGGUCACAUUGGGGAGAGCGAAAGCGACGGCGACGGCAUCUUCGCGCUUAG